GAAGAGAAGUUCGGACCGACGCACCACGAGGGUUGAGGGUGGUGGCUUUCGGAAUCCUCCGUCGUGAGCAUUGCGCAGUGAAGAGGGCAGAGGGCAAUGAGCACCUCGUCGAGCAUUGGUGUGUGACGCAGUGACGGGGCAUCCCAUCCAUCAUGGGACCAGGCAGGCUGACAGGCGGCGGAUGAUGGCAGAAGCGGCGACGACAUACGGCCUCCUCUGCAUCUCGUCGCUCGUCAUUGGCUACUACCUUGGCGUGGGCCGCAACCUGCUUGGCUACAACGCGCACGCGCGCACCCGCCUGGCCGCCGCCGAAGGCGAGGACUCGGAGUCGGAGGACGGGGACACGGACACAGACCUGACAGACGAGGCGCUGGCAAGGAUGAAUGCGCUGCGGGCAGGCUUGCUCGAGGAGUGCAAGCUCGUCCUCGUCGUGCGGACAGACCUCAAGAUGGACAAGGGCAAGAUUGCAGCGCAGUGCAGCCAUGCGACGCUGGCCUGCUACAAGGCCCUGGCCCAGGCCAACCCCAAGGUGCUGCACCAGUGGGAGCGCUCGGGCCAGGCCAAGGUCGCGCUCAAGUGCUCCACCGAGGACGAGAUGCUGGCGCUGGAGCGCCGCGCAAAGGAGCUCAACCUGUGCGCGCGCAGCAUCCGCGAUGCCGGCCGCACGCAGAUUGCAGCGGGCAGUCGCACCGUGCUCGGCAUCGGCCCAGGACCCGUCAAGAUCAUCGACCAGGUCACCAAGCAUCUCAAGCUGCUGUAGCCAUUUUGCGCCAUCGAGUGGAC